AUGAAUACCGACAUCAUUCAGAGCCGCUUCCUGUCCAACCCGCAAGACCUCGGUGUUGUUGCAGUUGGUUUCUCAAAGGGCCAACCCAAGGCUGGUGUCGAUGCCGGCCCCGAAGCUCUCAUCGCGUCCGGGCUUCUUACCCAAAUCCAGAGCGAACUUGGCUACAAGCUCCAUGGCGACGCCAAAGUCCAAAAAUACGAGGAGCUGAUGCCCGCCUCGGAUCCUGACCAUCGUGGCAUGAAGAAUCCCGGCACUGUUUCGGCCGUCAACCGCCAGAUCUCGCGACAGGUUUACGAGCACGCCAGGGAGGGUCGACUCGUCCUGACUCUUGGUGGUGACCACAGUGUUGCCAUUGGCACUGUCACUGGUAGUGCCAAGGCUGUUCGCGAGCGUCUAAACCGUGAAAUCGCUCUAAUCUGGGUCGAUGCCCAUGCCGAUAUAAACACCCCCGAGGGCAGCGAUAGCGGCAAUAUUCAUGGCAUGCCCGUUGCAUUUGCGUCUGGCAUUGCAAAGAGCGACAAGGAAGAAUACUUUGGCUGGAUCAAGGACGACAUGUUGCUCAAUGUGAAGAAGCUCGUCUACAUUGGUCUUCGCGAUGUCGACAAAGCCGAGAAGAAAAUCCUUCGUGACAAGGGCAUCAAGGCGUUUAGCAUGUUUGAUGUUGAUCGCUAUGGCAUUGGCCGUGUCGUCGAAAUGGCUCUCGCUUAUAUUGGCGCCGAUACUCCGAUCCACUUAUCCUUCGAUGUCGAUGCCCUUGAUCCCAUGUGGGCUCCUAGCACCGGCACUCCUGUCCGUGGCGGUCUGACCCUUCGCGAGGGCGACUACAUUUGCGAAGCUGUGCACCAGACUGGCAGCCUUGUAGCCAUUGAUCUUGUUGAGGUUAAUCCCAGCUUGGCUACAACUGAGGCUGGUGCUCAGGAGACAGUGAGAGCUGGCUGCUCACUUGUACGUUGCGCUUUGGGUGAGACAUUGUUGUAA